AUGGCACUCAACACCACUGAAUAUGCUCUUGGACAUCGCUGUGUUUGGUCAACAUGCAAUGUGACUGGUUAUCCAUCUAUAUAUCGUGAAUAUAAGGUGGAUUGCUGCACCUUAUCAGUGCCAUUGAAUUAUGCUCGACCGAAUCGAUCCAUUACCAUUUCUAUGUCUCGUCUGAGUCCUCUUCAAUCAACAUCACAAAAUAAUACUCUAUUUAUUCUAAUGGGUGGACCAGGUGCAUCAGGUUGGAACCUGCUGGAAAGUGCUGCAUUACUCAUUCCAGCUCAAUUGGGGCUUACCAUAAUAUUACCUGAUCAUCGAGGUACUGGACUAUCGACAGUGUUGGGUUGUGACGAUAAUGAUUCACAAACAAUUACGACAGACUGUAUUACUUAUUUGAUAUCAAAAUGGGAUAUCGAAGGAUUAAAUCAAUUUUCAAUAACAGCAGCUGCACAUGAUUUAUCAGUACAAAUACAAGUCUAUCAAGCUGAUCAUCCUGGACG